AGUAGAAUGUCAGAGGGGACAGGACCAACUGCAAGCCUUCCUGCCUGCCUUGGACCACACUGCAAGGCCUCUGUGCCUCAGGUGCUGGGGGGAGGACACAGACUCUACCGAACAGCCCAGGGGAACAAGCGCUGCCUCCCGGGACUCUGAGGGAAACUGUGGAAAAUGGAGCAUGCCUCGGACAGACCAGAUGAGAAAGACGAAUUUCCUGAAAACCUGCAGACCGAUUCCCUUCACAAGAUGCACUCUGAAGAAUGGGAUAGGUUGGAGCAGGACUCUAAGCACAGCCAGGAUCCGCCGAUCAAUCAGGAUGAGCAAGAAGCAGCUCUUGUGUGCGCAGACCCUCAAGCUUCACUGCCACAGCUUUCGGAGACGAGCACCCUCGAACCGACCCCAGAGAGCUCUGUCCUCAAGCUGAGCUACUGGGACACAAAGAUGGGCCUGCAAAUGAAGGAGCUUGGAGCCGACCACGCUGACUGGUUGGAGAAGAUCAACACCAUCAUACAAAAGAUAAACAACACAGAGAGCACCGUGAAGAGCCUGUUAGCUGAGGUGAUGUCCCUGGAAAACCAGUCUGAAAAUUUGGAGGACCCUAAUCAGGAAGCAAACAUUGAGGAGAAGAUCGUAGAAAUUAGAAAGCAGUUAAAAGAAAUGAACAUCAAAUUGGCCCAGGUCGAUGCUUGCAACGAAGCCCGUGAGCUCAAGGAGAAACUCGUCCAACGGAUAGAGAGCUUUUAUAAGGAAAUGAACAUACUGAACGCUAAGCUGGAGAAGUACAACACUCAAAGGAGGGAGACGGACUCCCACAGCUCCGAAGACUUGGACGCAGAGCAAACAGAGCCCCCGCUUCCCGAGGCUUCUCCAACCCCGUCAGAGUCACACUCUCCUCUCUCCAGCGCAGUGUGGAAGCACGCCCUGAAGCUCUUCAUCAUGGUCUACGUGGUCACCAUCACCGGUCUGUCGUGCUACAUACUCUUCGUGGAUGCCACGUUUCUCUUCGAACGGGUGCUGCCCAGCGUGCUGGGGCACCGCACCAUGUGGGAGCUUCGGGAGAUGGUGGCGCCUUUCCUGAACUUGGAAGCAGAGGACUUGCUGCCAUCCUAAAGCUCCAAAAGUUAGUGAUACCCGGCUCUCUUCCUCGCCAAUAAAUUUUUGCAUGUUCCUUAUACUGCAGCGGUUAGCUUAUUUUUCAAAAGAUGCCACUCCGUGUUUUUCAUAAAGGAUAUGGUUAUUAUGUAAAAUUUAGUUGACCACAGAAAAAGUGAAAAGAAGGAUUUCACUAGUUAAACGCAGGGUCUUGCUCUGUAGGGAGGCUAGUCUCGAACUCGUGGUCCCUUGCCACAGCCUCCCGGACCGUGGGUGUGUUCUGGGGGGGGGGGGCGAGCUCUCACAAUGACUGCUUUAACCACUUCCAGGCCCAGCUUUUCUCCUCCUCCCAUCCUGAGCACCUUGAGACAAUCAUGUUUUAGCUCCCGGUUGCUCCUCCUGUUCCCGUUUUGACUUCUGAGGUCUUAAAGAGGGAAGAAUUCCUCUCUUCUGAGGACUGGGGCCCAAGGGCAGUAGCGGUUUAAUGGCAGAGAAGAGGAUCACCCCAGGAAAAAGAGAAACGCGAUUAAAACUGGAAGUUGUUCUUCUGA